AUGCAGUAUAAAAAAUCUGAUGAACCGGAUCCGGCGCUUGACAAAAACGUUGCCAAAUUAAGACUAAUCGAAGGAUCGACAGAAGCCGCUCCACAGUUGAUGUUACAAUUAUUGUAUGGCGUUUAUUGCUUCAACAAUCAAUUUCAAUCGCAUCCCAAUGAGUUUUGCGCGGCAAAUAUGAACGUAAAAGACAAAAACUCCUUCAUGGCGAACUGUUAUAAGAAGCUUUCCUCGGGCAGUGAAGUUGUCAAUUUUCUCAUCAAGUCUAUCACUGGUCUGGAUGGUUUUUUCCGUGAAAAAAGAGUUGCAAUUUCAAGGCAUGUUGAAAAUCCCCCAUUCAAUUUUUCUCAGUAUUAUGUUUUUCUCUCAAAAGACGGCUCGAUUUUGUAUUUUGCUUUCCUUUGCUUGCUAUUUUGGAAGGGAUACAAAUUUCAGACCGGUUUACGAUCGGUGGAUAAUUUCAUCUUCCCUCCCUUUUAUUCUUUUCAUCCAUGGGCUUAUCAUAUUCACUCUUGGUUGUUUUUCCAAAAGCGUAGAAGAAAAGAUGUUUGGGUUGACGAGGACGUUCUAUUAUGA